GUGAAAAAGACAUUGCUACUAGAAAUUCACCCAAGUCUUAAAUUUCUGACUAUAUUACCAUACAGAAUUUGAAAGCCGUCUUCGAAAAUUCUCAGGUUCUAAAUUUCAUACGAAAUUUAUCUAAUUCGCCCACAAAAAAGGCAGCAUCUAUACUAAAGCAACUAAAAAUUUUCAUCCCGCUCUCCCAUUCACCACUCAUACCAAAAGCACGGACCAGGGAAAAAAUACCCGGAUGUCUAUGCUGGUUUGGGAUUAAAAGAUUUAGAUAAUUACAGAAGGGAAAAUUAAAAGAAGUAAAAUGGCACCUAAGUUAUCGGAAGAUGAGAUUGAUGAUCUCAUUUACUUAGCCCGCACCGGCGACGAUGUAGAGCUCACGGGGAUGGUUCAGGAGCUUGCUGAUCGGGAGGGUGCUACACGGGCCGAGAUCAUAGCAGCGGCUAGGGAUGACGGCAAGGCGACCUGCUUGCAUAUGGCGGCAGCAAAUGGUCAUGCGAAAACUGUCACUUUGAUACUCUCACACUUCCCUGCUCCUUCUAAAUCAUCCAAGGAAGCAGAAGCAGCACCUCCGUCAUCUUCAGACGAAGUAUCACCAUCUACAAGCACGGAAACGGAGGUACCUUACAUCAACUUACAGAACUCGUUCGGAAACACAGCCCUGCAUUGGGCAUGUUUAGGGGGUCAUCUUGACGUCGUUAAACUUCUCCUAUCGCGAGGGGCUUCGCCUACUGCGGCUAACGACAAGGACCAGAUUCCGUUGGACUUGGCGGCCUUCAAUAGCCAUAUGCACGUUGUUGAUUACUUUCUCUCUCAGAGUAAGGACCUCGAAGGCGAUAAUGCUAAGGAAGGCGGACUAGAGAAGGGCACACAAGACGUGCAGAUGGCGGAUGAUGAUGGUGCAGCGGAGGAUGGAAAAGCAGGGGGCUCAGCAGAUGGUAGAUAGGCUCUGACUGGGACUAUAAAGUCUGAAUUACAUCAAAAGAGUUAAAUAUCGUCAAAUCCAAUACGAAGUCUCUUUAAGGGGCAUACGUGCUCCAUAUUUAGCGGAUAGACAUCAGUGUCCGCAGACAGAGUUUAUCCCUUUAGAGACCCUAUCUUCUGUUAGAUGUAUAAGAGGCUCGUGAUGGUUCCUGGGGGCCUUGUUCGAAAAUGUCUCCCCGACUUGCGUGGUGUUUGCGACUGUUCUCAGGUAAUUCUUGGAGCUCUACCCCUGAUAAAACAUAUUGCUUCUGACUGGGUAAGUCCUACGAAUCAUGAAUUCCCGACGCUAAAUCUGUUGACGUGAUAUACCAUCAAUGCUGCGCAACCAAAUGGAAAGUAUAACACUGCUUUUAACUUUCUACCCUUAGAACAGUUGUAAG